GCUUACCCGGAAGAGUGAGGUGUGAACUGCGGACUGGGUCGAGGAAUUGCUAAUUAUGGUUGGAGAUAAGAUGAUGAGGAGAGGAUAUACCUGAUGAUCAAGAAGAGCGAGGUCACCUCGGCCGCAGGCACGAGAGCCAUCGUCGAUCAUCUGCACCUUCCGCUCUACCGGGCCUUCCCUGCUCGUGCCAUUCUGCUCACCCCCUACUGUCAGCUCACAAUGCCUCACACUCACACCUCUCCCCUUCCACCACGACCAAUGUCCCCCUCUCUCCUCGACCACCUCCACGCCUCCUUCCUCUCCGGGCGAGCAUCCGACGUCACCCUUCUCGUCCUCCACCCUUGGCGCGCAUCGUACAACCUCCAUGUCGUCGUCCUCCUUCAAGCAGGCUUCUUCGAGAUGCUCUUCGAAGGUGGGUGGAGAGAAGCCCUAGAAGGGAGGGGGAAAGUAGAACUGAGGUUCGAGGACCCGAAUAUCACUCGGGCAGCUUUUGAGUUAUGUCUAUCCCACUUAUAUCACCCUACCCCGCUCCCCUUCCUCCCUCCUGCCUACCUCCCAACCCCCGACCACCCGCUCACCCCCAGUUUCCCGCUCCCCCCAGCUCCAAGCCCGAUCCCAAGACUACUUCUCUCCCUCCUCGCCACCGCCUCAUACCUGCAUAUACCCAACCUAAUUACCGAAGCAUCACGCUUAUUAUUGGGAAGCGUGAGUCCCUGGACCGUAAGCCGAUAUCUCCGGUUCGCGAUCGGACUCGGGUUGGGAGAGGGAGAAGGGGAGGAAGAAGGAGUCAAAGGACUCGGACACGCGUUCCCCUUCCCUGAUCCUGCCAGCGCCUCUCCCAGUCCUACCCUCUCAGCACAGGGAUCUCAAGCCAGUGACAGCGAAGAUGACCUCCCGUCGAAAUCGUGUGUUCCUUCGAGUCCUCUCUCGCCUGCUUCUCCGAUGGGAGAGACGCCCAGGUUGACAGGGUAUGGAACGCCGUCGAACCUCCUGGGUCAGACAUGUGUGGCUUGGAUGUGCAGGUGGGGAGGGGAGAUUGUGCUGUUAGAAGAGCAGGCUUUUGCUAGGAGCUUCCCUACGAGCUCGAACCCGACUGGUUCAGCUACGUCGACUUCAACUCCAACUUUAACCACAACUAUCCACAUUCCCUCGACAUCGACAUCUACGCCGAGCACGCCAUUCCCCCCCAUCUGGGCACAUCAAGGUCUCCCAGCUACCUGGGUCCGGCACCUCCUGAGUGCUGACGAGUUCUGGACGACGAGAGAGGAAGUAGGGAGGUGGGACCUAGCGAGGAGGGUUGUUGAUCUAAGGAGAGAGGGGUGGGAGCGCCAGCGGGUGCGGGAGGGGCAGGAACCGAGAGAAGGGGAGACGAUGGGCCAGAGGGAGAGAGAAAGCGGGCGAGAGACAGAACGCUUGAGAGAGGAGGAAGAGAGCGAGUGGGAAACGCUUUUCACUGAAGGGAUAUUCUAUACUCAUAUGCCAUUCGACGACCUCAAGACCGUCUCCCUCUCCAUCUCACCACACACCGGGCGCGCAUACACACCGCUCAAAGCCCUCCAACACGCGCACUGGCAAGCCUCACUGCUCCGCUCCGCCGUACUAGGCUCCCAAACCCACCCGGUACCAAAUGGCAAGCCCGGAGAACUAGGUCUCGUCCGCGUGUUGGACGAGAUCCCUCUCACACAGGAACACGCUGAGGAAAACGCUUGGUUCGCUGUUCCGCUUGAUGAUGCACAGCGGAUAGGCGACUGGAACCCGGCUGGUGUCGUAGCCGCUUCAGUGACUGGGGUGGCUGCUCCCGCCUCUGGGACGGGGAGCAAGGCCAAAACGGGUUGGGACGAAAGACAGUGGUUCGGCAUCGGGAAUAAGCGAAGGUCGCUAAACGAGGUUAUCGCUUCUGCUUCUCCUGCGGCUGCGGGUACGAUCCCUCCCGAACGAUGUCUUGGCUGGACGCCGUACGAGCCCUACCGAUUCUCUGUCGAGUUCUUCUCCGCUGCUUCUCUCAAACUGGACAAACGGCCCCCUUCUUCAUCCUCUACCGGCAUAAGCAAGAUCCACUCGCGUACGAUAUUCUACGCCGGAUCGCUGUUUAACGUCUAUAUCCAAGUUGUGAAACGGAAGAAGGAGGAGAAGGAUGUUGGUUCCGGUCCUGGGCAGGGGGAGAAGGAGAAGGAUAAGGAGACGCAGUUGGGAGUGUAUGUCCAGAGAUGGAGCAUGGUCAACCCCGUUCCUCCAGCCUCGGCGCCGCCUGCACAUGCCCGUGUUCAGCACAGGAGGGAGGAGAGCGCCGCCAGUGCCCAUUCGCUCGCAACUAGCACGCCACCCCAACCUCCAGGAAGCGUCCCCCUCCAUGUGGCAGCAACAUGGCAUCCCGGCGCAGCAGGCCGAGCACCCACCCCGAGCCCGAUCCCCUUCCCCCGCGCAUCUACUCCUAGGCUAGGGACAAGCGCGAGGGCAAGUGCCUUGAGCCGGUCCGCGAGUCCCACUCCGUCCAUGCCAGGCCAAACGACCCCAAACGGGAACCAGUCUCCCACAGCGGCGUUCGUCUUCCCCUCCGCUUCACCUACCACGCCCACAGCAGCACCGACAUCCUACCCCCCCUCUGCCCCAGUCACACCAUACCGCGAUCCCCGCCAGACCCUGCGCGCAUACUUUGCCGUCACGUGCUGCUCGAGUAUCGGCACGGUGCUGACGAGGUUUAGCAGCGCACCGGAUAAGUUCGAUGUUGCCCAGAGUUGGGGGUGGAAGAGCAGCUGUUUGAGGGAGGGGGCGGGGGAGGAGGGGAGCGAGGGAGCCUUGAGGGUUACGGUUGUCCUUGGCUUGGUUUGAUACGCACACGCACGAGGUUUGUUAACGUUCUUCAUGCUCACGCUGCUUAUUCUUGUAUUCUGAUUCAUGA